CGCGGGGCUGGAGUCCUGGCCAUAAAGCCCAAGGCGGCGGCGGCGGCGGCGGCGGCGGCGGCGGCGGCGGCUGUGGAGACUCGGACGUCGCGGGGGAGGCCGCUGGGACCGGAAGUUGGGACUUCUCCGCUUCCGCCCGUCGUUGCGUCUCUUCCCAGGCGGGAGCCCUCGCGACGCGCCCGGCCCGGAGCCCGCAGCGCAGCGGCCGCGUUUGAAGGAUGACCUCCAGGAAGAAAGUGUUGCUGAAGGUUAUCAUCCUGGGAGACUCUGGGGUCGGUAAGACAUCGCUCAUGAACCAGUAUGUCAACAAGAAGUUCAGCAAUCAGUACAAAGCCACAAUAGGAGCAGACUUCCUCACCAAGGAGGUGAUGGUGGAUGACAGGCUAGUGACAAUGCAGAUCUGGGACACGGCGGGCCAGGAGCGGUUCCAGUCCCUGGGCGUGGCCUUCUACAGGGGCGCGGACUGCUGCGUGCUGGUGUUCGACGUGACGGCCCCCAACACCUUCAAAACCCUGGACAGCUGGAGGGACGAGUUCCUCAUCCAGGCCAGUCCCCGGGAUCCCGAGAACUUCCCCUUCGUCGUGUUGGGAAACAAGAUCGACCUCGAAAACAGACAAGUGGCCACGAAGCGGGCGCAGGCCUGGUGCUACAGCAAAAACAACAUUCCCUACUUCGAGACCAGCGCCAAGGAGGCCAUCAACGUGGAGCAGGCCUUCCAGACGAUUGCCCGGAACGCGCUCAAGCAGGAAACGGAGGUGGAGCUGUACAACGAGUUCCCCGAGCCCAUCAAACUGGACAAGAACGACCGAGCCAAGGCCUCGGCCGAGAGCUGCAGCUGCUGAGGGGGCGGCGGGGCGGAGCACGGGGUCCCCCCGCGGACCGCGGACACACCUAGGCCUUCGACACGAGACCCCCUUCUUCUUCCGAGCGAAACAGAAACCGACCUCUCCCCUCCAGCUGCCAAAAGACACCCCC